AUGGUAUACGACUACUGCAGCAUUACUGACUACCUUUACACUCCGGACUUUUUUGAGACAGUACUCCAUGUGAUCAGUUAUAUCUCAAUUCCUGUUCAUUGCUACGGAGGCUUCUGUGUAUUUGCAAAGACACCGAUAUCUAUGCAAUCUGUGAAAUGGAGUAUGAUGAAUUUACACUUGUUCAGUUGUCUUUUUGAUUUGGGAGUUAGUUUGUUCACGAUUCCAUAUAUAUUAUUCCCAGUACUCGCUGGAUAUCCAUUGGGGCUUAUGCAGAAGUUUGGAGUACCGAUUGAAAUUCAAGUGUACGUAGUGUUAUUUGUUGGAGCAUUCAUGUUGGUCUCCAUCACCAUCGUCUUCGAAAACCGCCUAUUCGUCCUUGUCCUCUCCGACAAAACCCUUCAACGGUUCCGUACUCCAAUCUACAUUCUCCAUUAUAUCCUUCCAAUAAUCUUCCUCCCGGCACUGGUCAACAUUCCCGACCAGAAAGCCGGGUACAGAAAUUUGAUGGACCAUUUUGAAUGUGUUCCACCGUAUGUAGAUAUUAAGAAAGUUUUCUAUCUUGCAAUUACUAAGAGAUAUUUUCUGGGUGGAUGUGCUUCAUUUAUAGUUGCAAUGUUUGUUGAGGUAUGGUUCUUUGCAUUUAUAACGAAUCGGAUGUUGAAGAAGCAAAUGACAAAGACAAUGUCACAGAAGACUGUGGACUUGCAUAGGAAGUUUCAGAGAGCCUUCAUUCUGCAGCUCCUCAUCCCAUUCAUCAUCGUCUUCUUACCAAUCUGUUAUGUCGGGUUUUCUUGUUUCGCCGAGUCAGCGUUCCACAAUCAGGCAUUAAACAACAUCACAAUAAUUAUAAUAUCAUCUCAUGGAUUCUUCUCAACAAUUGCCAUGAUAGCUCUUCAUACACCAUACCGGGAGUAUACACAACAGUUAUUCCCGUUUUGUAAACGUCUGGACUUUUCGUCGUCCAAUCAAACUGCACCGCAAAGUGUGAUGGUCACUAAUAUGUGA